UCCCUUGUGACUCCGCAGCCAUGUUCGGCUAGAGGAAGGCGUCUAGGCUCUACAGCAGAUGUGUUUCUCCAUAUCCGAUAAGGCUGGAUAUAAAUUAGUUGCUCGGGACACAUUCAGGGAGUGAAUUUCUUUCGGACAGACUUAAACGCUGUGUUUGCGUUUCGAAAGUGAAGAGGCGGAAAGAGAUCUGGUCUGGACGUCAUGGCCUCUCGCAAAAAGGUGCUGCUUAAGGUGAUCAUCCUUGGUGAUUCUGGGGUUGGAAAGACUUCUUUAAUGAACCAGUAUGUUAAUAACAAGUUCAGCAACCAGUAUAAGGCCACGAUCGGUGCCGACUUUUUGACCAAAGAGGUGAUGGUGGAUGACAGGCUGGUCACCAUGCAGAUUUGGGACACAGCCGGUCAGGAGCGUUUUCAGUCUCUGGGCGUGGCGUUCUACAGGGGCGCCGACUGCUGCGUGCUGGUCUACGACGUCACAUCUCCAAACACCUUUAAGACUCUGGACAGCUGGAGGGACGAGUUCCUGAUCCAAGCUAGCCCUCGUGACCCUGAGAACUUCCCCUUCGUCGUGCUCGGGAACAAGAUCGACUUGGAGAACAGACAGGUUACUACAAAGCGAGCCCAGGCAUGGUGUCAAAGCAAGAACAGCAUCCCUUAUUUUGAGACCAGUGCCAAAGAAGCUAUCAACGUGGACCAGGCUUUCCAAACCAUUGCUCGUAAUGCACUCAAACAGGAGACCGAGGUGGAGCCGUACGAUUUUCCCGACCAGAUCAAGCUAAGAGACGACUUGCCAUCUUCCCAAUUUAGCGGCCCGGGCCCUACACCUUGCGGCUGCUGAGGGAAGAGAAGAUGAAGCUGAUUGCAUGGAGGGAAAGUGAUGACGGUGAUCUAGCAGAGACUGAACAAAAAAAAAAAAAAAAAUUAAAUAAAAUAAAAAAAAUAAUAACCAAGCCAUCAACACCACCAUGUUGCCCUGUUUGUCUUCUCUUCCUCCUCCGAGACAUCCAGGGUUUGAAAUGCCAUGUAACGGCGUCCCUUUCUUUUCAAGUCCCAUGCAACACAUGGCAUCACAAAGCUACUGCUUCGAGGAAACAGGAGAGUGCAACUUCUUUCCUGCAGUAUAGCGACCCUUUUUUAAAAACAAAAACAAAAAAAACCUCCAUCUCUCACUAUCACUACUCUGUUAAAGACAGUCACUACGCCUUCUUGUCCUUAAGCAGUUGUUUUUCUUUCGAAUCAUUGUGCCUUUCGGUUCUACACCAUUCCAUGUGUCUUUAUGUAUUUCUAUGCUGAACAUGUGUUCCCUACUGUAUAAAGUCCACCGGUGAUAAAGACAUCCAACCUGU